ACAUUUAGCUAAUGAAUUACGGGCUGGUGUGGGUCCUUCCCUGUGGCCCAGCUAUCACUCAGCGCCAAUCCCCAAUCAGGGCCCAGGUGAUUUUGCAAUCCUUGGUGCUAUUUCUGUGGGGUUGGAGUUUAAACUUUGCCACUUGGGCCAGGACACUGUGGAGGAGGAGGUGGCUGUGUCCCUUGUCUGCCUCGUUCUGCUUGUGUGCCGAGGGGGCUUGAAGGAUCGGAGGCUUCCACAGAGCCCGCUGCUAGGGCUGCGAUCUAGCACAGCCAUGGCCUCCAGUGUGGGUGGCCUCGACAGCCUCGACCUGCUGGAUCUUCUCUUCGACCGUGAGGAUGGGAUCCUGCGCGGUGUGGAUCUGCGGAUGCCCGUGGGCUCCUGGCAAGAGGAUGUGCGUGCCCCAGAUGGCGAGGACUUCCUCAGCUCCAUCCUGGGCUUCCGGGAAUCGGCGUCGGACUCUCCCAGCUGGUCUCCAGCUGCCAGUGACAGCGGGGUCUCUGAUGACCCACCCUCCGAUCAGCUUGACAGUCCCCUGGGGUGCUGCGAUGGGGGGCCCAGCGACAACCCCUGCCCCUACCCUGAUCCCAGCCAGCCCCUGCCCGUGCUGGGAGUGCACAGGGCCCCGCACCCGGAGGUCUCCAUCGACCUGGACGUAUGGCACCCUGGCUGCUACCUGGAGGAGACCCAGGACCCUCCCACGGUCCCUGCGCCUGCAUCCUGCACCCUCACAGUCAAGGACCUGCUGCUCUCAGGCAGCUCUGACCCCCAGCUGCCGGUGCCCAGCUCCUUGCUGCGGCAGAGCCAGGGGCAGUGCCAGGAGCUGGUGCUGACAGAGGAUGAGAAGAAGCUGCUGGCGAAGGAGGGGGUGUCCCUGCCCAAGCAGCUGCCCCUCACCAAGUACGAGGAGCGGGUGCUGAAGAAGAUCCGGAGGAAGAUCCGGAACAAGCAGUCAGCUCAGGAGAGCCGCAAGAAGAAGAAGGAGUAUAUCGAUGGACUGGAGAGCCGGAUGUCGGCAUGCACGGCCCAGAACCAGGAGCUGCAAAGGAAGGUCCUGCACCUGGAGAAGCAGAACUCGUCCCUCCUGGAGCAGCUGAAGAAGCUCCAGGCCCUCGUGGUGCAGUCGACCAACAAGGCAGCACAGACAGGCACUUGCAUCGCGGUUCUGCUGCUCUCCUUUGCGCUCAUCGUCUUCCCCUCCAUCAGCCCCUUUGCCCCCAGUAAGGCUGAGCCGAAUGGCGACUUUGGGCCAAUCCGAGUUUUCUCCAGGUCUCUGCACAACGUCGCAGCCUCACGCGUGGCCUACAUGCACCCCCGUCCUGGAGACGAAAAGCCCCCGGAGCCGCUGUGGCCGGAGCACCCAGGUGAAGCCCCCGAGACCCUGCACGAAGCGUUUAGCAGCCGCCAGUUCCCCCCACGCUCAGCUAGUGCCUCCCCCCGGAACGACACGCGGGCGCCCGCCCCAGGGGCGCUCGGCCGGAGCACCGGGGAUGGCUCCGCACCAAGGGAUGGUGCCGCGGCACCGCUUGCCUGGACCAAGGCCAGCCACGGCGGCCUGACGGCGCUGGAGCCGGCUGAGGAGCUUUAA